AAAAAUAUCACACAUUACCUCAUUACUUUUUCAUCUACCAUUUCAAAAGAUAAAAUCAACGAAAAUAAAUUGAAAGUGAUCUUAAUUCUUAUGCCACCAUCUAUGAAUACAGAGAACUGUUAUAAAAAGCUGUGAAAUUCUGCAUAGAAGAACAACUGUCAACCUAAGCUUCAGAAGAGAGUGACAUGGCAAAUUCCAAACUUAUUUCCUCAUUCUAUUCUCUUUAUAAUUCUCAGAAUAACACCAACCCAUCUUCAUCAAUCUUUCUACUCCACAAAAAAAAGUUGAAACUUCUACAUAAUCCAACCCAUCAGUCAAAUUUUACCUUAAAUACAACCACACAAAAAUCCAGGAACUCAUUCAGUAGUAUUCUUAACACUUUAGGAAGAAACAAAACUUCUGUUAAGAAAAUGGAAGAAUCUAGAAACACUACCAAAAUCAGUGUUGAAGGAACAGUCAUAUUGAAGAAGCAGCACAGAUUAUCUCAUCAUUUCUUAUCUUUUAUUCAUCCAUCCAAGAUUUCUAUUCAGCUUAUUAGCUCUGUUCAUCCUGGGAAAGAGGGAAAAGCAGCAUAUUUGGAAGAGGAUAUCAGUGAAUCCAUUAGUGUGGCUGAUGGGGAGUCUGCAUUCAGAGUGAAAUUUGUUUGGAAUGAAGAAAUUGGUGUUCCUGGUGCAAUAUUUGUGAAAAAUGAGACUGAUCAUGAAUUUUAUCUUAGAAAUGUCAGCUUGAAAAACAUCCCAGGUCAUGGAAAUGUUCAUUUUCAUUGCAAUUCUUGGGUUUAUCCGUCUCAUCUCUACCACAAAGAUCGUAUUUUCUUCACAAAUAAGACAUAUUUGCCUCAUCAAACUCCUGCACCAUUACGCAAAUAUCGCGAACAAGAGUUGCAGAUUUUGAGAGGAGAAGGAAAGGAAAAUGUAAUGCUUAUGGAGUGGGAUCGAGUUUAUGAUUAUGCAUUCUACAAUGAUCUAGGAGAACCUGAUAAAGGUCCGGAGUAUGUCCGUCCUAUAUAUGGAGGGUCUGCAGAAUAUCCUUAUCCUCGUAGAGGUCGAACUAGUCGUCAACCAACAAAAACAGAUCCUCACACAGAGAGUAGGUUACCAAUAGUCAAGGCGAAAGAGUUCUACGUUCCAAGAGAUGAAAAGUUCGGGGACAUCAAGUUGUCAGAUUUUUUGGGUGAUACCUUUAAGUCUUUAUCUCAAGGUGUUGUUGGUGUGUUGGACGCGCUAUUCGACAAAACACCAAAGGAGUUCGAUACUUUCCAAGAUGUGCUAGAGAUGUUUGAAGGAGGAAUUAAGCUUCCGAAUAGUUCAUUACUUGGAAAACUCAAGGAACAUAUUCCUAAUGAAUUUCUAAAAGCGGUUAUUCGAACUAAUGGUGCACCGAUUUUGAAAUAUCCAAUGCCUGAUAUAAUCAAAGAGGAUAAGUCGGCUUGGAGGACUGAUGAAGAGUUUGCGAGGGAGAUGCUAGCCGGUAUAAAUCCUCUUGUUAUCCGCCAUUUGAAGGAAUUUCCACCGGUGAGUAAACUUGAUUCCAAAUACGGAAACCAGAACAGUUCAAUCACUAAAGAGUGUCUAGAAGGAAACUUAGAUGGGUUAACCGUAGAAGAGGCAAUGAAGCGUGAUAAGCUUUUUAUAUUGGAUCACCACGAUUUAGUAAUGCCAUUCUUGAGACAAAUCAACAAAGAUACAUCUUCAAAAGUCUAUGCCACUCGAACACUACUUUUCUUAAAAGAUGACGGAACUUUGAAGCCAUUGGUCAUCGAGUUAAGCUUACCACAUCCCGAGGGGGAUCAAUACGGUGCUGUUAGUGAAUUAUAUAAACCCACCAGUGAUGGUGUUGAAGCCUCCCGUUGGCUGCUUGCCAAGACCUAUGUAGCUGUUACUGAUGCGGCUUAUCAUCAACUUAUAAGCCACUGGUUGCACACUCACGCAGUGAUGGAGCCGUUUAUAAUCGCAUCAAACAGACAAUUAAGCCAGCUUCACCCGAUCCACAAACUUCUGCAUCCUCACUUCCGGGAUACAAUGGCUGUUAAUACGAUAGCACGUCAGAUUGCUAUGAAUGCUGAUGGAUUAUUCGAGGCAGCAGUCUAUCCCCGGAAGUAUGUUGGGCAGUGGACAUCUGCUGUGUAUAAAAAUUGGGUAUUCACUGAGCAAGCUCUUCCUCAAGAUCUUAUCAAGAGAGGAAUGGCAGUGAAGGAUGUGAAUAGCCCUCAUGGAUACAAACUACUCAUAGAAGACUACCCAUAUGCUGUGGAUGGGCUAGAAAUUUGGUCUGCAAUCGAGACUUGGGUCAAAGAGUAUUGCUUAUUUUACUAUAAAUCCGAUGACAUGAUUGCAACUGACCCAGAACUUCAAUUCUGGUGGAAAGAAAUCCGGGAAAAAGGUCAUGGCGACAAGAAGGAUGAGAAGUGGUGGCCGGAAAUGAAGACCUUCAAUGAUUUAACCGAAAUUUGCUCGACCAUCAUAUGGAUUGCUUCUGCACUCCAUGCAGUCGUUAACUUCGGUCAAUACCCAUACGGAGGAUACAUGCCUAACAGGCCUACUAUAACGCGGAGGUUCAUGCCAAAAAAAGGCACUCCGGAGUAUGAAGAACUAAAAACAAAUCCGGAUGGCGUGUUUUUGAAAACUGUAAUAAGUCAAGUUAGAACAUUAGCAGCAAUCUCGGUGAUUGAGCUUAUUUCAGGGCAUUCUGCCGAUGAGGUUUAUCUCGGGCAACGAGAGCCUGGAUGGACUUCUGAUAUGCCUCCAUUACAAGCGUUCGAUAGAUUUAGUAAAAAACUCGAGGAGAUCGAAAAAAAUAUCUUAGCAAGAAAUAAUGAUCCGAAGCUCAAGAAUCGGGUUGGUCCUGCUAAAUUGCCAUUCACAUUGUUGUGUCCUUCAAGUGGUGUAGGAAUAACUGGAAGGGGAAUUCCUAAUAGUGUGUCUCUGUGAGGUUCUGCUUUUCUUGCUUAGUUUUUAGUAUUCUAAAGCAAUAAGAUUAAGGUUGUAAGGAGUUAAAAUACUGCCUAAUUAAUCAGAAAAGUGUUAGAUUAA